GAAACUGUGAGAGAGAAGAUAAGGAAAAGAUUAUUGUUCUUCCAGUAAGUGCUCUUCACAACUUUGUGCCAGCCCCAGUCAGUACAUUCAGGCCUUGAUUUAUAUGUCUUAAAAACCCUGAGCAACUCUCAAAGCAGGCUGUGUCCCUGGAGAGGACUAGAUGGGUUAAGAUUAAAAGUCCUUGGCAAUAUUCAGCCUUUUUAGGGAAAGAAGAGCAGAAAAGCAAGGCAGAGUGAGAAAAGACAUACAGUAGCAGACAGACUGACUGACUCCUUUGGCUGCUGAAUUGAGUGGAAGUGCAUUUUCCCCGGUAAUUGCUGGAUAUCCAAGUAUUUCAUCUAACAUGAAGGUGCUGGGAAUUUUUCUGUUGCUGGAAGUUUCAGGCUUCUUUUCCACUUUUUCCAGCCCUUCCCCUCCAGUCCACUGCCACUGGAAUUCUUUUGGCCCUUGGUCUGAGUGCAAUGGCUGUACUCAAAAACAGAUUCGGAGGCGGACAGUAGCAGUUUAUGGCCAGUAUGGGGGAGCCCCCUGCUCUGGGGAUGCCUUUGAAACAAGACCAUGCACAGCCACAAGGGGAUGCCCAACAGAGGAUGGCUGUGGUGAUCGUUUCAGGUGUCACUCGGGUCAGUGCAUUAGCAGAUCUCUUUUAUGCAAUGGAGAUCAGGAUUGUGAGGAAGAUAGUGCAGAUGAAGAUCGAUGUGAAGAGAAGAAGACUGUAUGUGAUAUUGAUAAAACCCCUCCGAAUUCAGAACUUACAGGAACAGGUUUUGAUGCCAUUACUGGUGAGACUAGGGGAAGAGUCAUUCAUACAAAAAGCUUUGGAGGACAGUGCAGAAAGGUCUUCAGUGGUGAUAGGAGAGAUUACUACAGACUGAGUGAAAGCGUUCUUGCUUAUACUUUUCAGGUUAAAAUUCAGAAUGAUUUCAGUUACGAGUUUUUCAACAGCAGCUGGUCUUAUAUGAAACACACAGAGAGGUAUGAAAAAUCAAACCGUGGGCACAGUUAUUCACAGAAUAAAAUUCUACAACACAGCCAAAAGAGUAAGCAGCUGAUGGUUGUUGAGAACAGUGUGGAAGUUGCUCAGUUUAUUAACAACCGCCCAGAAUUUCUUACUCUUGCGGAGCCCUUCUGGAGGGAGCUUGCCAACCUUCCAGUCAUCUAUGAGUACAAUGUCUACCGAAGACUUAUUGAACAUUUUGGGACUCAUUUCUUACACUCUGGAUCUCUAGGAGGACAUUACAAAGUUAUUUUUUAUAUGGAUACUGACAAAAUGAAAGCAGAAGGUAUGAGCAUAACAGACAUGUAUGACUGCACCACAUCAGGCUGGAAUGCAUUCAUUGUGAAAAAUAAGAAAGUAAAGUGCUCCAAACUGGAUGAACUGCUACAGACUUCUUCAGGAAGCAGUGGUAAUAAGAUUAAAGGAGACCCCUACAUAGAAGGAGGAAGCCCAGGUGCUGUUGCUGGCCUUAGUUAUCUAGAGCUGAAUGAUCCUGCUGGCAAUAGUCAGAGAUACUCCUUUUGGGCUGGAUCAGUGACAGACUAUCCCAGAGUAAUUAAAGAAAAGCUAACACCAUUAUAUGAGCUGGUAAAGGAAGUGCCCUGUUCCUCAGUCAAAAAACAUUACCUAAAACAAGCGAUUGAAGAAUAUAUGGCUGAAAAUGAUCCCUGCAAAUGUCAGCCUUGCCAGAAUGGUGGUGAGGCAGCCGUGGAAGGAACUCAGUGCAUGUGUUACUGCAAGCCUUACACCUUUGGAGCAGCUUGUGAGCUGGGAACUCUCGUGCAAGAUCAGCCAGGUGGUGUUGAUGGACACUGGAGCUGCUGGUCUUCCUGGAGUCCGUGUUCAGGGGGAAGAAAAUCAAGGAGUCGGAGCUGCAACAACCCCUCCCCACAUGGUGGCGGGAAGGCCUGCAUAGGAGAGCAGCAUGAAAGCAGAUCAUGCGAAGAUGAGGAGUUGCAGCAUUUUCGCUUGAUUGAACCGCACUGUUUUGAUUUAUCUGGAACUCCUACAGAGUUCUGUUCACCUCCUCCUCUCUUGGAAAAUGGAUUUGUUCAAAAUGCUGAAAACUUAUACUCUGUUGGGAAAAGCAUUGUUUAUGCUUGCAGACAUGGGUAUUCUCUUGUUGGUGAUCCCAUUGCAAAGUGUGGCAGUAAUUUACAGUGGCAAGUUGGAGACAGAUAUUGCCAGGAAACUGCUUGUCUCCUUCCCGUCCUUGAGGGAGGCUUGCAAGGAGAGCCAUGGAAACCUGUGUAUGAGAUCGGUGAGAGAAUAACUCUGUCUUGUCCACAUGGAAUGCACUUAGAAGGGGCACAUUCCAUUUUGUGUGAGCCCAGUCUCAAGUGGUCUCCUGCCUUGAAGACUAUCCAGUGCAAGAGACCAGUGCCUAGUGUGAAACCAGAAGUGACAGAGCCUAAAUGUCAGCCAUGGGAGAAAAUACAUCAGUCGCAAUGUGUGUGCAAAAUGCCCUAUGAGUGUGGUCCUUCCCUGGACACCUGUGCUACAGAUCAAAGAACCAAGAGAAACACACAUUUAACUGUUUGCAAGAUCCAUGCCUUGGAGUGCAUGGGCAGAAAAUAUUCUCUUACUGAUGCAGAAAACUGCAAAAUACCUCAGGCAGCUGAGACAUCAUGUGGAUUGUGCCGUCCAUGGGAAAAAUGUGAUGCGCAAUCGAACAGCUGUGUUUGUGAUGAAGAUGAGCCAUGCAAGGGUGGAGGCAUCCAGAUCUGUGCUGAAGUGAGUGGCUCUGCUGCCCAUCGGACCAUGACCGAGUGUGAGGCUGGGUGGCUCAGAUGCCAGGGGGAGACUGUCACCCUUGUCAGCAUAAGGCCCUGUGAGCUCUCUCUCCAGACUGGUAAUCUGAAGCUAUGGAUUGGGUGCCUUGCAGUGCUGUGUCAGAAAGCCUUAAUGAGAGGCAAGUAAACAGCCAUUCAGCUGAGGAAAAAGCAGAUAAUCAGCUUUAUUUUCUCCCUGAGUGGGUUUUAACACACAGGUCACAUUGACUGGGACGUGAAGCCUCCAAGACUGCAUUUGACAAGACUUACUUCUGCAUUAGAGACUUGAAAUUCCCAGUUGGUGCCCAGUUAUAUGCAAUCACUUGUGUGUGAUAACUUUUGUUGUCUAAAAAGUAAGGUAUCACCGCAGGAAAACUAAGACUCUCCUAUCAGCUGCUCUAUUUACAUUACGCCUGCAGAAAGAUCUAACAAAAGACGACGACUGUCUUUAUUUCAGCAAGAUCUGAGCAGCAGAGAGCAGCAGAGAGCAGCAGAGACGGAAAGACCCUGGAGACAGGGGUUUAUACCCAGUAAAGAAAAUAUCAUCAGAAGUUUGUACUUGCUGGAAUGUUUAUGACUUCCAGCUAAACGUGCACUCCUUUACCUUUCUGACAGGAUGCCACAAGGGCCGGGGCUACCUGAGGACUCUCAGGGUGGAAAGCAGCAACUGGCAGCCCAAAUGUACACACACAGGGAGCUGGGCAGCCCCUGCACUGGGGAUGGGGAAAGGCCAAGGCCGGGCUGAGACACUGGCUCAUGGGCAGGGAUCCCAAUCAAUGAGGUCCAUGGCCAGGCAGGGAAGGUUCUGAUGGCCUCAGUGGGCUGAAACGGUGUCCUAGUCCAUGGGUAGGGUGAGAAAGCUGCAUGGGGAGCUGGUCUGGACCAUAAGUGUGGCUGAAUGCCCUCAGGUCCUGAUGCUUGAAAUACCUUGUGUGCUCUAGGUAAAUGAUUUCUUGAUGUAAGGAUGAUGCUGGGUGAAAAGUUCUGCUACCCUGCAAAUUAUGGAACUAACAUCUUCCAAAACCAAAAUGGGAAUAUUAGCAUACCUCUCUACAGUAGUUUCUUGUCCUCCUUUAAGCUCAUUUGUGUCAGGCUGAAGACCCCUUGACUCUCAACUUAGGACAGAAGGGGACUUUAGAGAAGAUUAAUAAAAAUUUAAAAAAGAACCAGGCUUCACCUAAAAAGCAACAUGUUAAAAUCAAGUCCCUUCUGCUCUGGGCUUGGUUAUUGCACGUUUUGGAACAACUGGGCCCCAGACUCCAUCGGGUAACGAGCAGAGCAAUCUAGUUAAGUUUUAACUCAUGAAAAAUGCACUAAAGUCAUCCCAUCCUCAUUUUGCCAGUGGCUGGCUGUGUCUCAUGUGGACAGGCUCAUCUCUUCCACCCACAUGUGAAUAACGCUCAAUGGUUUCUGGUUCACAGAGUAUGCAAUGGGAAGAAGCACAGACACCUUAUUUGGGAGCCAGUCUCCAACCCUGAGUUACCUAGGUGCCAAGCCCCACAGCAGCUUUCAUCAUUUGUGGAUAAAGCCGGUUAUUCCUGAAAAGCGGUGAUAUAAAUGGCACUGAUCUGGAAGAGUAUAUAGUGUAUAUAUAUCUAAAUAUUUUAAAUAUAUAUUAAUUUUUAAAAAUAGAAGAGGAAUGAUUAAUCUAAUCCAAUUUUAGACAUCUAUAGCAUAAAUAUUUGCAUAUAGCAUAGUCACUGCCUAGCUCCCUUCACAGUCAACAGGGGAAGACAGGCUCCUUAAGGGCACGACACACCAAGCCUGUUAUUAGAUGUCCACCUAAGAAGACAGAAAGCUUGUCCUCUAAGGACUGUUUCUUUCCUCAACUGACUGAAAGGGUAGCCAAAGAUAAUUAGCCACCUUUUAGUGACAUCUCACUCCCAGCAACCAAAGAAGGAAGACCAUCUUACCCAAAGCCCUCCAUGCCAGGCUACUUCACACCUACCCACACAUGAACACACAGAUCCUUGGGAGCAGGUUGAAAGACCCCUUAGAGUAAAACUGACACCUCUGAGCCAAGGGUUUAUUAAAUCUAGUUAAGUUUUAACUCAUAAACAAUGUUAUUUGCAGCAUGUUUAUCCCAUAACACUCCACCAGCAGAGCUGAGUCAGUUCUACCACAGAUACAGCUGAGGACUCCAUUUUCUGAAACAACUAGCGAAAGCCUACUGCUCAGGGAUCUCUGGGUGAGGAGAAAGGUGAUGUACCUCUUCCUCUACAUACAUAAACUGAAUAUCUUCAGCUGGAGCUACCACGAAUGCCACAAAUACCACAAGUGCUGCUGUUGCUGUUGUAUCCCUGGACUCCCUGGAAUAUAAGCCCAGGAGUGCACUGGACGGCAGUGAGCCCUGCAGGAACCCAGUGGGAAAAAACUGGCCAAGAUUGCCUCUGGUUUAUCAGUCUCUGGAAAAGUGGCACUAGCAAAGGCUCUGGUUCCCAUCUUCUACUGUGCUCACUGCAUCUAGAAUCUUUGCCUUUAAUAGUCAUAGUCAUAUUUUGUACCUAAUUCUUAAAUUGAGAUGUUUCCUCUCACAUAAGAGCUGAAAUAAAGACACCAAGACUCAAAGAAUUAA